AUGAUUGAUGAUGAUGAUUUGGAUGAUGAUGAUGAUGAUGAUGAUGAUGAUGAUGAUUUGGAUGAUGAUGAUGAUGAUGAUGAUGAUGAUGAUGAUGAUGAUGAUGAUGAUGAUGAUGAUGAUGAUGAUGAUGAUGAUGAUGAUGAUGAUGAUGAUGAUGAUGAUGAUGAUGAUGAUGAUUUGGAUGAUGGUAUGUCGAUGAUUUUAUGA